AUGUCCGAGCCUAUUGACAUACCAUGUCAGACUGCGAGCCAGCUGGACACUCACCAUUUGCCCUUCAGAGCGAAUCCACAAGGGCCACCCUCUGCAGGCGAAGGAUAUCUAUUCGGUCCGGCGUCAAGCGACUCGGAGCAGAGAUCCGACCUCAGCUCAGCUCUCUGCUCGAUCAGCUCAGCUGCCGCUCAUCCGAGUUUGGCGAGCGAGAUCGCGACGUCCACUCAGGCCAGCGAGCUCUCCACGCCGACGACUGAAGUCAUCGAUCUUACUACCGAAUCCAAAUCGAUCGAUAUAUUGGGAGAGCACGGACAAGCGAUGUCGGACGUCUGCGCGCCUACUGAAGCAAUAGCGGGUUAUGAAAAUGCAGUGAUCACAGCCGCGCGGACUGCGCCUCCGCUUGCACAAGCUUCGACGCCUGCGGCCGGGUCCCCUCUACCUUGCACACCUCCUCGGCCUGUCUGGCCUGGCUCAAGUCGAUGGGUAGAUGGCAAGGGCCGUCCGAGCUCCCCUCGCGGCAGCCCGGAUCGUGCAGCGCGCACGAGUAGUCCACAGAAGCUACAUGAUCGAUACGAGAGUCUCUCAGACAGCCCUCGACCGCCGAGCACGCCCAAGCGACAGUACGCGCUCAGGGAUGACCUAUUCAACCAGGUCUGGGACACUUCACCCCAUGGUCACGCUGCAUCGCGCAAGCUGCCGGGCUUGACAAGGUCUCAGCGUGCCAGCGAUGCAAGGCAGAGAUGGCAAGCAAACGAACGCGAUCGCCUGGCACGCAACAUUGCGCAGCACGAGCGGCGCAAAAGGGCAGUCGCGAGAGCUUUAGUCCUCUCAGUGUUGCUCAUCGGCGCAUCGCUGGUCAUACUAUCGCGGAUCGACACAUCAUCAAUAGACACUGUCCUUUUGCCUCAUUUUCAUGCGCGUCGCAGCCAGUCGCGUGCCGAAAAUGCCAGCGUGGGCUACGAAUGGCUCAAUCCGGAAGUGAUAGACAGUAGCACAUAUCAAGAAGCGAUUACGCAGUCGGAGCGAGAGAUCGCCUUGGCCUACCAGCUCGUGAAAGACGACCUAGGUAUCACGCAGGCCAAUUUGAGCAGCGAUACAUUUGGCAUCCUUCCCCUCGCCGCCAUCGACAAUUAUGCUCAGCGCAUGUACGGUCUGCCCUAUGGCGUUCGAAGUGGAAUCAUGGUGCAAGGACCGCAUUCGUCUGUUGCAGGUAUUGACGAUGCUACGACGAAGCCUACCGCUAGUAGUGACCAGUCGACCAGCUCGGCUCGUCAAGCGCACCGCACGCAUGCACAUGUACAUAGCCACAAACAUCACCAUCACCAUCAGCAUGGUCACCCGAAGGACGCAGGCGAAGAGAUCUUGUGGACACUCAGAUGGGAUAAGGAUGAUCGUAGCAGCGCGUUGCGUAAACGAGACCUCGCCACGAGCACAACUGUCGUCACUUGCACUGUCCCAUUUCCCAGCACACAAGUCAUCGUCGAGAGCGUGCCUGCAGCAACGGUGACGACAAUCAAGACACGCAAUAUUUUUCACACGUCGACAGUGACGGAGACCGACCAGGAUACUACGACAGUCUACAAGACUCGCCUGACGACAGAUAGCGUCACAGAGACUGCGGUCAGAACGACGAAGCAGACCAUCCAUGCAAUUAUCGUCCAUACCAAGACCGUCACAAUUCAGCAGGCUGAAGCGACAGCGGCGGCUUCCAUGACCUCGUCGAUCGAAGAGCAAAACGAGCAAACGACAAGCUCUUCCUUCGACGCUGAGGAGGAGCCAGAGACCGUGUACGAGACGGCUACGGCAGUCGUCACCGAUCUCUCCUACGCCACAGUGACGAUGGAAGCUGAUUCGACACAUCGCAUACACAAAGAGGCGCGCGAGCGAGCCAGGCAGGCGCGACACGCUCAACACCAGAACAAGCAUCAUCAUGAUCAUUCACCUUCUGGUGGCGGCGUCAAACGUCGUGCGUUACCGAGUGGAACGACAGACACCAGCACACAAAUAUGGCGUAUUCAGAAUGCGAGUGGCGGUAGAGAUCUUGCCUAUAUAUUUGGCUAUUCAGAUGGCUGGCCCUGGGGCAACACGAAAGUCGAGUUCGUCGAGAGUGUCGACCCCGCGAUACCUCUACAUUUCGAGCACCUUACCAGCUCGUCUCUCUCUCAGGCAGCCUUUGCUUCCGGCUAUGCGCCUUCAAGCGUGGACGCGAUACACUCGACUCGUGUCAUCAUUAUGACGGUAGAGACCAUACUGCGCGCCCGCUCUCUCGGUCCAGGUCAGCAUCGCGAUUACUCCGCUGAAGUCAUUACUAGCUCAUCGACCGCUCACGGCUCGAUUGCUACGUCGCAUUUGGAAGAGCAAGCAGCGACAUCGAAAGAACCAGCUCGACAACACGAUGUCAUUCUGGAAGCGCGACCGGAUAGCUCACCGGCCCGUAGUCUGUCUGUGGGAUUGGAACAAGCUGUUGGCCUACCUGUGGCUCCCCGCAGUGUAUCAACCAUGCGGCUCACUUACGACGUGCUCUUUCCGGAGACCUUUAACUUUCGAAGCCAAGGGAAGCUUCCUGGUCUUCACGGAAGGCUAGGUACCGCGAACUACACGAUCAGCCCGACAUGGGAAAAGAAUGGGACUGGUCUCCUUCUGAUCGACGCAGAGAAUGUCCGGCAAUCUGGACAAGCUUGUAAAGCGCCUCCGCAAACGGACUGCAGAUGGAAGGGCAAGAUCUACGCGGGCAUCGGAGCAUGGUCGUUCCCUGCCGGUUCCUGGAGCAAGCUCGACAUAUGCAUUGCUCAGACUUCGCCUGCUUCGAUGAAAGUAUCCAUCUUUGUUAAUGACACUCUCGCAACGCAAGCUACAGACGUGACGUUUACAUCGUCCCAAGCGACAGUGAAACGCGAGACAGACGAAUGCUUUGAAUGUCAAGGUCCUCGCGCGCUCGAGAAUGACUUGCACGACACGCUACUCAGUACACAAGGGUCAUCCGAGGUUGCUCAGUCGACUCUCAAUCCGACCCGCUGCUAUUUUCAAGGCAUCUCUCUCAUGCUCUUCGGAAGUGGCUUCUUCACAGGCUUGAGCGUCCAGAAGGCUCGCGAGACGCUAUACCUUGCAAACUUUGCUUUGGAGUUGAGCAAUGACUGACAGUACAGCAAGCUCAGGCGGAGACGUCGAUGUAGCUAGCACUGGUCAUGCGGCCGCGCACCGCCGAGCCAAGUGUGCUACGCGAGCGAUGCAUCAGCGGAUAACCUU